AUGUCGGGUAAGGAGCGCACAGAGCCACAAUGGGUAACGCCGUCUUCUAAUCAGGUAUCCUCGCAAGAUGUUCCACCUGACUACGAGACUAUUGGUACAGUUUUUGGCUAUGCACUCGUUGCUCUUUCCUGGCUUCUCAUAAUCCUCACAUUCCCAUUCUCUAUGUGUGUCUGUCUGAAGGUAAUAAAAGAAUACGAAAGGGUUGUUAUAUUUCGAAUUGGUCGGCUAGUGUUCGGAGGAGCACGAGGACCUGGGAUGAUAUUUAUCAUACCGUGCAUCGAUACCUACAGAAAAAUUGACCUCAGGGUCGUUUCCUAUGCAGUACCACCUCAAGAGAUUUUGUCAAAAGACUCUGUAACAGUAUCUGUAGACGCUGUUGUCUAUUUCCGAACUUCCGACCCCAUUGCAUCUGUAAAUAACGUAGAUGAUGCUAUUUAUUCCACAAAGCUGCUAGCACAGACUACUCUCAGAAAUGCGUUAGGUAUGAAAACUCUUACCGAAAUGCUUACUGAACGUGAGGCUAUUGCUCAGUUGUGCGAGACGAUUCUUGAUGAAGGAACUGAACACUGGGGUGUAAAGACUAUUUUCGCAAAAGAAGUACGUAGUAAUCCAACACUUCCAAAUAGAUAA